GCGUCCAACAUGGCGGACGAGGAACCGCUGCUGCCGCCGGCCGAAGACGCCGCCCCUCCCCCACCACCCCCGACCCCCUCCUGGCGAAUCGGAGCCGCUUUUUGGAUUCUGGGAUUGUGCAACAACCUCCCGUACGUGGUGAUGCUGAGCGCGGCGCGGGACCUGCUGGAUCCACGCCCCGGGGAGGAGCCAAGGAAUCGAACCCGGCACGACUGCAACCCUGUGGGGACUGGGGCCGUGCUCUUGGCCGACGUCGUCCCCGGGCUGGGGGUGAAGCUGCUGAUGCCUCUGCUGGGGCCUUACCUGCCCUACAGGUAUCGUGCGGUGGGCGUGGCCUUGUGCCUGUGGGGCGGAGUCAGCGCCGUGGCCUCGGCCAGUGGGAGCCUGAGCAGCCUGGGAGGUGUGGCUCUGGGCAGCGUGGGGGCGGGGCUCGGUGAGGUCACCUUCCUGACCUUGGCUGCCUCCUACUCCAGCACGGGGCUCUCCCAUUGGUCGGCCGGGACGGGCGCGGCCGGGCUGGGCGGGGCUUUGGGGUUUUGGGGGCUCCGGGCGCUGCUGCCCCUCCCCCAAUCGCUGCUGCCACUGCUGGUCCUGCCCCCGCUCAUGCUCGCCAGUUUUUUCUUCCUGCUGGGCCCCGCCCCUCCCCCCCCGCCCCUCCCUCCCUCCCCCGGAAUGGGCGGGGCCAGCGAGGACUCGGGGGGCGGGGCCAAAACGAGGGGGCGGGGCCAGGAACAAACCGGAAGUGUUGCCAAGGCCGCUCUCCAGCAGGGGGCGCCGCUCGCCAUCGUUUACUUCGCCGAAUAUUUUGUCAACCAGGGGCUGAUGGAGCUGCUCUACUUCCCCUCCUCGCCCCUCCCCCACAGCGCCCAGUACCGCACGCUGCAGCUCCUGUACCAGGCCGGAGUUUUCGUCUCUCGCUCUUCCCUGCGCUGCCUCCGCCUGCGAAGGAUCUGGGGGCUGGCGCUGGCCCAGGCGCUGCUGGCCCUGUUCCUAUUGGCCGCCGUGGCUGUCAAUCACCUGCUGCCCUGGCUGGGAUUGGCCGCGGCGCUGGCGGCGGGGGAGGGGCUGCUGGGGGGCGGGGCCUACGGGAACGCCUUCGGGAACGUCGGGGAGCAGGUGCCCCUCCCCCAGCAGCCCCUGGCCGUGGCCGUGGUCACUCUCAUGGCCGAAGUCGCCAUCGCCGCGGCCGGAGGGGUCGGCCUGGGGGCUCACGCGGCGUUCUGCGGCCAGGAGUGACCACUGAGUGACCACUGAGUUACCACUGAGUGACCACUGAGUGACACUGAGUGACCCCUGAGUGACCACUGAGUGACCACAAGGAUUGGUCACUGAGUGACCAUUGAGUGACCUUGGAACUGACCCUGGAGUGACCCCUGAGUGACCACAAGGAUUCGUCAAGAGUGACCCUGGAAGUGACCCCUGGAGUGGUCAUUGAGUGACCCCUGGACAGGCCAUGGAGUGA